AUCUCCAAACGCACGCCAAAACACCAUGCGUCCAAACAGCAGGCAGCGUGUGUGAACUGUGAAUGAGUAGGGUCUGUGCUGCUACUACUUUGCUACCUUCGUGAUUCCUUUGAGAAAAAAACAGAAGACACUUUGUAAUCGUCGCCAUAACUUGCAGGAAGAAAACGCUUUUGAGUCUGUCACUGAAGGAAUAUGUUUAAGAAGAACAAGAGCAAAGUGCUGGUGGAUUAUGCCUCAGAGGAAGACGACAUGUCCUGGCACUACCAUCACUCCUAUAAGGACAAAGACAUAGAAGGAGAGGAAGAGGAGGAGGAAGCCGUUACCGUGGUGUCAAAGGAGGCCAAAGUGAAGAAGAUCAUGUCCAAAAAGGAGAGGAAGGACAGGAAAAUGUUUUCCUCCAAAGACGACAAGCACUUGUUGUUGACGGGAGAGAGUCUGGCUGAUCGCAGAGGGUCUCACAAAAAGAUCAAGGAUGAUGAGAAAGAGAAGGAGAAGAAGCCAGAAAAGGGGCAGUGUUUUUGGGAUAGCGUGACCACAACUAUGCGGCAAAUAUCACCUACCAAAAAACUGGAGAAGAUUGAAGGAUGGGAACCGCCUCAGACGGAGCACUUGGGGGAAACUGACAAACUUUCAGAUGAGAAAAAACAAAGAGGGGACAGCAUGGUGCCUUGUCUCGAGGCUGUAGACCUGGAUUUGAACUCGUGGGCAGGGAGAGGCCUGGAGGAGGACAACUCCCGCUACGCUAACCUGUCUGACUCCAAGGAUCGGGUGGGAGCAGUGAGGUGGACAGCCCGCGCUAAAGUCAAACUAGCCGGGAUUGGCAGGAUGGGCAGAGGAAUUGCGUCAGAAAGCAUGUGGGAGGGUCUAAAAUAGACCUACAUUUUAAUCUAUAAGGAGGAUGAAGAAUGCUUAAAGAAUUGUGUGUAAAAAUGAGUUUACAUGUAAAAUUGGUGAACACAAAUGGAUGCUAGUUGACUCUAAAGUUAUCAAGACCAAGAACUUGCUGUUACAAGCCUCCAAAAUGAGUUGUAAAACAUAAUUAUAGUGUUAAUAAAGUCCAAAAUGUCACUACUCUAGUAAAGAAAAAAUAUACUUAAACUUACAAGCUGAAUACAAGGUGGCAUUGUUCAGUUAUCUAGGUUCUCAUAGGUUUUACAGUCUAGAGACACUCCUCAGGCCUCCACUCCUUGAUUGAAGGAACCCAGAUCCAUGGAAAGUAGCUACGUCAAAGUGCAGUUUAGCUUUGAUUGUUGCUCUGCACACGUCUAAAACUAGUCUGUCUACAGUAAAUGAAUGAAACCUUACACUACUGUACUAUUUGCAGUAGAAAUACACUGUUAAGAAUAUGUGCAAAUUUGCAAAGCUACAGCCUCCAGUGCUGCUAAACUGUGAGUAAAGCCUUGUGCAGGUUUAAAUAUUUUACUACUAAAAAUUAUUUUGUGGAUGAUCUUUGCUUUUUUAAUGUGUCAUAGAGCAGCGUGUCAGAGUUGAAUGCUAUUUAUGAAAAAGUUCUAAAAUUAAAGACAAAAUUCACUGUACUGUAUACAAUGUUUGAAGUGCCUUGUAUUAAUAAACUUGUGUAAAUAUGUAUUUGUU